AUGCCGUCUGUGCUCUGUAAGGAGAUGAAGCUCCCCAGCAGAGCAGCCAAGCCCCCCUCUCCAUCUGACUUUCUGGACAAACUGAUGGGACGCACAUCUGGCUAUGAUGCACGCAUCAGACCAAACUUCAAAGGUCCUCCUAUCAAUGUCACCUGUAACAUCUUCAUCAACAGCUUCGGAUCCAUCACUGAAACAACUAUGGACUACCGGCUCAAUGUAUUUCUGCGACAGCAGUGGAAUGACCCUCGACUGGCAUAUAAGGAGUAUCCAGAUGACUCUCUGGACCUGGACCCUUCAAUGCUGGACUCCAUUUGGAAACCUGACCUGUUCUUUGCAAAUGAAAAGGGAGCAAACUUUCAUGAGGUUACAACAGACAACAAACUGCUUCGGAUAUUCCAGAACGGAAAUGUCCUCUACAGCAUCAGGCUGACACUUACCCUCUCCUGUCCCAUGGAUCUAAAAAACUUCCCCAUGGACAGCCAGAAGUGUACGAUGCAGCUCGAAAGCUUUGGCUACACCAUGAAUGAUCUUAUUUUUGAAUGGCUGGAUGUGGGAGCGGUGCAGGUGGCUGAUGAUCUGACGCUCCCUCAGUUUGUGCUGAAAGAGGAGAAAGGCCUGGGCUACUGCACCAAGCACUACAACACAGGCAAAUUCACCUGCAUUGAGGUCAAAUUCUACCUGGAGCGUCAAAUGGGCUAUUACCUGAUCCAGAUGUACAUACCGAGCCUGCUCACCGUUAUCCUGUCCUGGGUAUCUUUCUGGAUCAACAUGGAUGCAGCUCCAGCCAGAGUGGGUCUGGGGAUCACUACGGUGCUCACCAUGACGACGCAGAGCUCUGGCUCCAGGGCCUCCCUACCAAAGGUGUCCUAUGUGAAAGCCAUAGACAUCUGGAUGGCUGUGUGUCUUCUUUUCGUGUUUGCUGCACUACUGGAGUAUGCAGCCGUUAAUUUUGUUUCACGCCAGCACAAGGAGUUCUUCAGACUGAGGAAGAAGCUCAAAGAGCAACAGCGGCAGAGUACUGUGAGUGCUCAGCAGGGAAGCAGUGACAGUAAGGUGAAAGGAAAAAACAUGUCAGGCAACAAUGCUCCUCAUGGCAACGUAGCCCUGCAGUGCACUGCCUGUGCCAGGGAAGAGGAGCUGGCACAGCAGGGUUUACUCUUUCAGAGUUUUGGACUUGCACUGUCAACAGGAAGUGCACCAGAAAUGGAUGCGACACCAGUCUUUGCCGAUUUACCUCCUGGUUUAGGUUACUAUGACAUCCGCAGGCGCUUUGUGGAUCGAGCAAAAAGGAUUGACACCAUCGCCCGAGCUCUUUUCCCCAUGAGUUUCCUCAUGUUUAAUGUCCUCUACUGGCUUACCUACAAAGUUUUACGACAUGAAGACCUUCUAGCCGCGCUGUGA